AUGGCAGCAACAGUCGAAGGCCAACGCCUUGCUAAUGGAGAGAUUUCUGAGAAUGCACCGUUAUUGAGAAGAGAGGAUGAAGAUGGUGGCAGAAGUUCGCACCCGCGCCUCUCCAGAGCUCGCUCAACGAUUAUUAUAUUGGGACUGACUGGCGUCACCUUCCUAAGCUGCGUAUCAAACGGCCUUCUUGUCGUUGGACUGCCUGAAAUUGCACUAGCAAGCGGAUGUGUUCUCCUGCUUGCCGGGUCUCUAGCAGACCUUGUCGGUGAUCGGUCAAUUAAUAUAUUGGGCACAGCAAUCUCAGUCAUUGCCAUCCUAGGCACUGGUUUAUCACGCACCGGAAUGGAGAUGAUCAUUUACCGUCUCAUCCAGGGUAUCAGCGUCUCAAUGUGCCUUCCAACCGGUGUGAGCAUCAUUACGAGAUCAUUCCCUCCCGGUCCCCAACGCAACAUCGGAUUCGCUAGCCUUGGAUUAUCCCAACCGCUUGGCUUUUCCGUCGGUAUGGUCGCCGAAGGGCUUUUCUCAGGGGCCCCCGGAGGCUGGAGACUAGGCUUCUACGGUAGUGCUAGUAUUGCCUUGGUCCUUACCGUUUCAAAUUACCUCGCCCUACCAACCGAUAACAAGCAGUUUACCUUCAAAUGGCACGAUCUACUAUGCCAAAUUGACUGGGUCGGGAUAUUGAUUGCUAGCUCCUGCAUGGGAGUUAUCUCUUACAUAUGCGCUAUUCUCACGGAUGACGUCGCCAAUGUCCAGAAUGCGACUCAUAUUAUGUUGAUUGUGUUUGCAGCGGCCCUAAUUCCAGCCUUCGGACUUUGGAUGCAUUGGCAAGGAAAGCGAGGCGCUCCAGCUUUGAUACCUAACUCUAUGUGGAAGAAUCCUGUCUUUGUGUCCAUCAGCUUGAUAGUUUUCUUUACGUGGGCUGUCAUACUAAGCUCUGAGCUGGUACUUAGUUUAUUCUUCCAAAAGGUCCAGUUGCUGUCUCCAUUUGAUACUUCAGCUCGUCUACUGCCUAAUGUCGUGAUUGGCAUUAUCCUCAACCUCAGCACCGGGUUGUUUGUCCACCUUGUCCGAGUCAACUACCUUGUCAUCGCUGUAUCUAUAAUCGCAUCGAUUGCCCCACUGCUGAUGGCCAUCAUCGAUCCAAGCUGGAAUUAUUGGGUGUGCGCCUUCUGGGGAGUACUGUUGGGACCUGUGGCUAUCGAUGUCGUAUUCACCAUCGCCCAUUUGAUGAUCACAGACAUCUUCCCAGGUUCUACUCAAGCCCUCGCUGGCGCGGUAUUCAAUACCAUCGCCCAACUCGGAAGCUCUGUUGGCCUCUCCGCUAUUGCAGUCAUAUCGGCCACAGUCGAAAAGGCGUCCCCUUAUCCAGAUCAAUCUCCCGAGGCCAUUAUGGCGGGCUACAGAGCUGCUUUCUGGGCCUGUUUCGUUACCAUGUUAAUUGUUGCAUUUAUUGGACUUGUCGGGCUACGGAAUGUGAGGAAGCUAGGCGUAGGAGCAGAGCAUUAG